AGCAUUCUCCACAAUUUAAGUUCCAUUCCCAACUAACUUCCCAACUACCAUUUAACAUCUUUCAGUAUUCUUCUCCUUCUAUCUUCAACCCUCAAAAGUUAAUCUCAAUAAUGUCUGAACCAUUCACUUCGUUGAGCUCAGACCUAAUAGAACUGAUCCUCUCCUCCCUGCCUAUCCCAUCUCUCCUUCGUGCCUCUUCUGUAUGCAAGCUUUGGCAUUCCCUGAUCACUGCUCCUACUUUUCCUUCUCAUCCUCCCCAUCAUCGUCCUUGGUUCUUUCUUCAUGGUCUCCAUAAUACUUCCUCUAAAAACAACCAAUCUUUCGCUUUUGACCCAUCUUCCAAUUCCUGGUUUCGCCUCCCUUAUUUUCCUUUCCCUUCUCGUGAUUUCAUUGGCUCUAACGGCUUCCUCUUUUCUACUGCUGCUUCUUUCUCUUUCUCUCCCGUGCUUAAACCCCGUUGGAAAUCCACAUCUCCUUUGAGUUUUUCGAGAAUCAAUCCUCUUGUUGGUGUUUUUUUGAAGGAUAACAGGCUAGCUUCUUCUUCUUGUUACAACAUUUCCAAGCCUCAUUUUAUUGUGGUUGGUGGUGUAAGAUUUAUUGGUAACUUGGUUGAUAUUGAAGACAGAUUAGCAGUUGAAAUAUAUGACCCUGGUAAUGAUUCUUGGGAUCUUUGUCCUCCUUUACCGGCAGAUUUUCGCUCCGGUAACUCGUCUCAAACUUUAUCCUCUGCCCUUCUCAAAUCGAGAUUCUACGUUUUUGGAAUAUACACUUUCUUUGUUUCGUUUUUCGAUUUGGAUAAGCAUGUCUGGAGCCAAGUUCAAACACUAAGACCACCUGGGGUGCUUUUUGCCUUCUUGAUUGCUUGUCAAGAAAUGCUUGUUUUGGCUGGUAUGUGCAAUGGGCCACAAGGGCCUUCUUUUAAUUUGUGGAAGAUUGGUGAGAAGAAUAUGGAAUUUAGUGAAAUUGCAAUUAUGCCUCAGGAUUUGCUUUAUGGGUUGGUUGAUAGUGAGGAAGAUGAUAAGUUCGCAAGCUUGAAAUGUGUUGGAAUGGGUAAUCUAGUUUAUGUAUUCAAUGAAGAGUAUCAUUGUAUGUAUCCUGCUUGUAUUUGUCAGAUUUUUAGUGAGACUGGUAAAUGUAGCUGGAAGAGAGUGCCCCAAUUGCCAUCACCUGUUAACAAGUUCCACAAGGUUAUCAGCUUUUGUUCCAUGGUUUUGCUACAGCAUGUUUUUCUGGAUGACGAGGAAGAACUUGAAAUAGUGCUGCCUAUGUUUGAUUGAGAAGCUUGUCUACUCGAUAAGUGUCUGGUGAGGCCUCAACUUUCUUGGAAUGAAAAAGGUUAUAUAUGUAACUGCAACUGCUAAAGAUAUCUUACAUAAUCUGGACUGUCCUUAAGGUAAGCUUCAAGCUCUCUUAAGUUCUCCUGACAAUAUACCAAUCUUCUCUUGUAUCAAAUAUUAAUUCUUCCAUGAGGUAAUAUGUUCUUACACUUUGUUGCUUGCAUCAGAAUUAUGCUUGCGAGUUAGAUCUUGGCAUGUAUAAUCUUAAAUUGCUGAACAAGUGGUUCAGACCUCAAAGUUUCAUACAAAUUUACUCUUUAGCUCUCCUCUUUCUUCUU